GCGCCAUGCCAUGAAGGAUCAUAUCAAUCCUAAGAAGAAAUCAUCAUAUCAAUCAUCAAAAAGAGAGAGUUGUAGCUUGUCAAUUGCCGGGGUAAAACCAGAGAUGGCAAGGGCCAUGGCAAGCUUGGUGAUGUCCUUGCUGGUUCUCUCGCUAGCUCUGGCAGUGAUGACUGGGGCGGAUACAGGAGCCAAUAACAAGAACAUCAACAACGGCAACGGUAACAAUAACAACAACAACGGCAACGACAACAAGAACAUCAACAACGGAAACAAUAACAACAACAACAAUAAUGGCAACAACAAUGACAACAACAAUAACGGCAAUAACAACAACAACAACAACAAUGGCGACAAUGGCAAGAACGGCGGCGGCACCACGACACACCCACCGCCGCCUCCAUCUGAGGACAACAGCAACAACGGUGAGGGCACCCGGACACACCCACCACCGCCUCCAUCUAACGACAAUAAUGAUGACAACGGCAACAAUGGCGGUGGCACCCCAAAGCACCCGCCACCUCCAUCUAUUCCGGUGCUCGUCCCUCCCCCAACUGCCCACCCCCUCCUCCAACACCUCCGUCACCUGUCACUGUCGCUUCUCCUCCUCCUCCACCAGUUCCUAGCAGUGGCUCCACCCCGCCAACCACCCCAAGCUCCCCACCAACCACCAUGCCUCCGAGCGGUGGAUCCACGCCACCAAAUGCCCCGCCAACCAACAUUCCUCCUCCGAGUGGCGGUUCCACCCCACCUAAUGCCCCUCCGACCACCACACCUCCUCCAACGUGGUAUCCACCCCCACCUCCAUCGAGCGAAGUAUCAGGAGGGAAGAGAGUGAGGUGCAAGAAUAAGAAUUACCCUCAAUGCUAUGCAUUGGAGCAAAGCUGCCCCAGUGCUUGUGCAUCUACAUGCCAAGUUGAUUGUGUGACUUGCAAGCCAGUCUGCAGCUGCGACCAUCCCGGUGCGGUGUGCCAGGACCCACGCUUCAUCGGCGGCGACGGCAUCACCUUCUACUUCCAUGGCAAGAAGAACCGUGACUUCUGCCUCGUCUCCGACUCCAACCUCCACAUCAAUGCACACUUCAUCGGGCGCCGCAAUGCCAACAUGCGCCGCGACUUCACAUGGGUCCAGUCCCUUGGUAUCCUCUAUGGCUCCCACAACCUUUUCAUCGGCGCCCUCAAGACUUCGGCUUGGGACGACGCCGUCGACCGCCUCUCCCUCUACCUCGAUGGGGCCCCCAUCACCCUCCCUCAACACGAGGGUGCCUCGUGGCACUCCGAGACUACCCCACGCAUCUCGUUCACAAGGUACCGUGACACGAACGCGAUGGAAAUCGAAGUGGAGAAGAACUUCAAGAUCAAGGCCAUGGUCGUCCCAAUCACCCAGAAGGACUCAUUGAUCCACAGCUACGGAAUAACCAACGAAGAUUGCUUCGCUCACUUGGACUUGAGCUUCAAGUUCUACGCAUUGAGCGGCGACGUGAGCGGCGUCUUGGGGCAGACCUACGCGAGGAACUACGUGAGCAGGGCCAAGAUGGGCGUGGCGAUGCCGGUGCUCGGAGGCGAGAGGGAGUUCGCAUCGUCAGGCCUUUUCACGACCGACUGCGCGGCAUCCCGGUUCAUCGGCCAUUUGGCGCCGAGGAACUCGACCGAGAGUUACGAGUACGCCGACCUUGAGUGCGCUAGCGGUAUAGAGGGCCGUGGAGUUGUCUGCAAGAGAUAAAAUGCUCAAAAUCACUCCCCGAUCUCUCAGUCUCAUUCGUGUGCAAAGUUAUAUGCACCUUCUGUUGUUAAUUUGAUACAAUAAGGUCCAGAGUCGAGAAAUAUGGUGGGGUGAAUUAUGGCCUCUCUGGCCAGCCUCCUAUCCUAAUAAAACUCCUUGUAACAAGUGAACAAGUGAAUAUAGAGAAAGUGCAUUUUGUGUUAUCUAUUCUUGGCAUAUAA